AUGGACGUUAACCGUGAAUCGAUCAAGAAUCAGGUGGAUCUUUCAUUAAAGCUAGCGAAUCACAUCUUCUCUACAGAGGCCGGAGGAGAUUCCAACCUAGUUUUCUCUCCUCUAUCCAUUAACGUCAUCUUGAGUCUCAUUGCCGUUGGUUCAGAUUCCCCAACUCGCGACCAGCUCCUCGCUUUUCUAAAGUCGGACUCCACCGACGACCUCAACACAUUUUACUCUCAGAUCGUGGGCUAUAUACUGGUAGACGGCAGCCUUACUGGCGGCCCAAGCUUGUCGGUGGCAAACGGUUUGUGGAUGGACCGGACUCUCCCAAUAAAGCCUUCAUUCAAGCAUGUGGUGGAUACUGUUUAUAAAGCCGCAUCUGAAUCAGUUGAUUUUCGGCACAAGGCAAGCCAAGUGGUUGAUGAAGUGAAUUUGUGGGUUGAAAAAAAAACUAAAAGUCGUAUCAACCACAUACUUCCUCCCAGUGCAGUUAACAAUAGAACACGGCUCCUUUUUACAAGUGCAUUGUAUUUUAAUGGAGCUUGGAGAGAGUUUGAUGCAUCGAUGACGAAGGAUCACGAGUUCCACCUCCUUAAUGGAAGCUCUAUACAAGUCCCCUUCAUGAGCAACUAUUUGAAGCAAUCUGUGAAAGCAUUCAGUGGUUUCAAAGUCUUAAAACUAUCUUAUAAUCGAGGCAAUGAUUAUAAGGAGCGUCGUAGUUUCUCCAUGUCCUUCUUUCUGCCUGACGCCAUGGAUGGACUGCCAUCUUUGCUGGAAAAAACGAGCUCUGAAUCUAGCUUUAUAGAGCGCCACCUCCCUACCCAUAUGGUUUCAAUGGGCAAGUUUCUGAUCCCAAAAUUCCAAAUAUAUUUCCAGUUUGAAGGUUCAAGAGUUCUGGAGGAGCUUGGGGUGGUGACGCCGUUCAAUCCCACGGGUGGGGGUCUGACUGAGAUGGUGGAUUCACCGGAGGGUUCUGAGUUGUAUGUUUCAAAAAUCCUGCACGGAUCGUUUAUUGAGGUUAAUGAGGGAGGAACAGAAGCCGUAGGUGUUUCAUUUGGUGUGAUGUAUACAUGUUGCAUGGUAGAGAAAGAAGAUAAGACAGACUUUGUGGCUGACCAUCCCUUCCUGUUUGCUAUUCGAGAAGAUUUUAGUGGUGCCAUUCUCUUCGUUGGGACUGUGCUUCAUCCCCAUUAUAUGGGGGUGUUCCCAAACGGCCAAUAG